GCGAAGUGAGGGAGUGAGCAAGCCGUGUUUACAUGCACAUGCGGCGGCAGCGUGACGCGCGUCGGCCCCGCUGCAGACAACACCCCCCCUUUCCCUUCUCUCCCCUUACCUUACCCACGCUUUUCCCUCUAUCCCUGCAAAGUAACCCGCCUUUCCGUAGCAGAGGACUGUUAAAUCCCGCGUGGAGCGUGGAGGUGGACAUGCGUGCGCACACGGCUGUGAAGAGGAUGGCCGAUGCGACGUAUUAGCGCCUCCUUGUGGUGUGGAGGAAUGAGGGUGUCUGGAUGAAGGCCAUGGAGCUGAAAGUGUGGGUGGACGGCGUGCAGCGCAUCGUGUGCGGCGUCACAGAGUUCACCACGUGUCAGGAGGUGGUCAUCGCGUUGGCACAAGCUAUCGGCCGCACCGGCAGAUACACAUUAAUUGAGAAAUGGCGGGAAACAGAGCGUCACCUGGCCCCCAACGAGAACCCCGUGGUGUCCCUCAACAAGUGGGGGCAGUACGCCAGCGACGUCCAGCUCAUCCUCCAGCGGACCGGCCCCUCCGUGAGCGAGCGGCCCAACUCGGACGGUCUGGCUCGCGGGCCCGAGCGCGCCUUCUAUCGCCAGAGCCUCCCGCCUUUGGCCAAACUGCGGCCGUCGGCGGCGGACCGCUCGUUGAAGCGCAGGGAGCCCAAACGCAAGUCUUUGACCUUCAGCGGGGGGGCCAGAGGUCUGAGGGAGUUAUUUGGGAGAAGCAGAGACACGGAAGCUAAACAGGCCCAGCAGCGUGGCGUGAGCUUGAACCUGACCCGGGUCCUCGGUGGCGGCAGUGGUGGGGCCUCCGUCCCGGGUAGUCCAGCCCGUGAGCUGGGCCGACUGGUGCAGCUCCAGCGAGACAAACUCCAGGUCCUGGAAAGCCGCCUGCUGGGCUGUGAGGCCGAGCUGCGAGACUGGGAGGAGGCCAGCGAGGUCAGCCAGUGUUGCCUAGCAACCAACUCCACCCCAGCCGCAGUUCUUGUUUAUCAUGUCAUCAUUUUCCAGAAUGGAAACCUGGAGGAGGAGCUGCUGCUGUUGGAGCAACAGGUGAGGAGGAACGACGCCGAGAUGGAGGAGGAGGAAUUCUGGCAGAACGAGCUGAGCAUCGAACAGGAAAAUGAACGCCAACUCCGGCAACAACUUGCCGAGCUGCAGGCCCGCGUACGCGACUGCGAGGGCAAGCUGGCGGAAUACUUGGCGCAUAUACAGAGCAUGGAGGCCGCCCUGGAGGAGGAAUGCCUGCAGCAGGAGGACCAGCUGAGUCACAUGAUCAAUGAGGAGGAGCUGGAGGCCCAGCUGGGGGAGGUGACCGCCGAGUUGGAUGUGCAGAGCCAACACACGGCUCGCCUGGAGAACGGCUGCAGGGCGUUGGAGCGCUCGCUCGGACAGUCCAGCAAGAAACUCCAGGAGAAGGAGCAGGAACUGGAGCAGUUGACCAAAGAGCUUCGACAGGUCAACCUGCAGCAGUUCAUUCAGCAGACUGGCACCAAGGUCACAGUGCUCCCCGCUGUGCCCCCCGGCGACGACAACAACAACAACUUUGAAAUGGACUCCGGCUCUUUGAGACGUCUCUUACCCAGCGACCUGCGCUCCCUGCAGAGCACCACCACCUCCAGCCUCAACCCGGAAGGCAUCUACGUUUGACCUUUCAACUUUCAAAACACUUGGCAACGGGCUGCGGGGACCUACAACAGCACGCCCCCACCAAAUGCCUGAACUCUAGGACACUUAUCAUCUUUUCUGGGCUGCCUCUCCAAGUUGAUGUCAGACACUGCAGGAAUGUUUAUUUUGUAUUAUGGGAAUGCUAACAACCAUCAAAGUAGACAAGAUAUCAGGAUGUCAACAAUGCAUAUGCACGAGCAUGCACAAAACCAACCAUGUUCAUAUUUGAUUGCCUUAAGCUGAUGUGUUUAACGUACACGUCCAGUCAAGUCAAGUCAAGGUAGCCAGCAAAUACAUCAUUUUACAUAGAAAAAUAAUUUAGUAACGGGAUUUAUUAGCUCAGCUUUGGGCGCCUCCAUUUUGUUUGCUGUGUAACUCACGUGAGUAAUGGAGGAAAAUGGCCGUCUUUAGCUUAACGGCCAUUUUUGCUUUGUCAUGCCCGAGAGCCUUUAAUAUCCAAUUUUUUUGUUUCAGCCUAACACUUUCUCCUUCAUUUUGGAGUGAUGAAGACCUCUUUCUAGAGCUGCGGGCUUGAACAUUUGCCAUCGUCACAUCCAGAUUGCCCACCAGGUGGUAGCAAAGUCAAGAUAAUUCGCACUAAACUCCCUACUCCUGGAUCCCCAUUCUCGCCUCCAACCCCCACCCUGGUUCACUUGAUGAUGUGGAGCCGGAGUCGGGGAAAGUGUCACUAUGGAAACAGGGGCAGAGGCAGCGGCGGGAAGGAAAAAAGGAAAAAGAGAGAUAAAAACACCAUGCUGUGGAAUCCACCAGCGGUCAUCUGGCAUGCAGAUCGGAGUGAAUAUUUGGGAGGUAACGCCUGAUUUUUACACUCUAAAGCAAGGAGAGGCACAGCUGGCAGCUUUAUUAUUAUAUUUUUUUUUACCCAAAGCACUUUGCUAAACCUUAAGUGCCUCAGUCUUUCUCAUUUUUUUUUUUUUAAAUUUGAGUACCACUCCUCUGCUUAUCAGAUGCUAAACCUCUUUUUGCACUUUGCACAUCUUGCACUGUCAAAUGAUUUAAAAAAAAAAUAAAAAAACACUCCAGGGACAAUUCAACAAUAAAACAAAACCCAUUAGAAUGAAGAAAACAUGCUCUUUAUGUGUAUGAUUCACAUUUAAAUAUGUUUAAUGUACAAUAUACAGUAUGUAUGAAAUAUAUUUUAGCGUAUUAAAUCCCUCAAAUUUGAAUAUAUUUCUUCAUAUUUAUAUUGCACAAUUCAAAAUGUCCGAAAAGGAGUAGAAACAGAGCCCAACCCCUUCUACAUAUGUCUAUAUAAUAAUAAUAUAUAAUAUAAUAAUAAUAUAGUAUAAUAAUAAUUAUAUAUUAUUCAUUCAUUCAUUUUCUACCGCUUUUCCUCACGAGGGUCGCGGGGGUGCUGGAGCCUAUCCCAGCUGUCUUCGGGCGAGAGGCGGGGUAAUUAUAUAUUAUAUAUUAUACAAUUAAAAAAUAAUAAUAAUUAAAAAAAUAAAAAUAAAUAUUAUAAUUAAUAAUUAAAUAUAAUAAUAUAAUAAUAAUAAUAUAAAAUAAUAAUAAUAAUUCAGUGACACUGUUUGUUGUUUGCUUCCAUUUUCUACUAUUUUUUUUUCAAAUGUAAUUUAUAUACUAAUUAAAAUGACCUGUCGAGCAAAUAUGCAAAUAAUGUCAAAAUCAUAUUUUAGAUGCCGUAUUAAUGAUACAUCACAAUUUAUGCAUGACAAAAGUAACAGUGAGGAGUUUGAGGAGUUGGGCGGUGUCGGAUGAGAGAAAGAUGGGGGAUGCGGGUUAGGAAAGGGGAGGAGUAAAAAAAAAAAAAAAAAAAGAGGGAGGAGGGAGAAGGGAGGUUUGAUAGUGAGCCGGGGAGCAGAGCUCGAACCAGAAGCAAGGAGGUGUCGAUGAAGGAGCACCUCUAACUCCUCCUCAGACUCCGCCGUGACAAGUCCCGCCUCCAUCACUCUGAACUUGAAAGCCAGAAGUGCGCUCUGAGCGGGUGCCAUUGUCUUCGCAUAAGCGCCACCUCCGCUGAUUAAAGGACUCUGGAAGCGGUCUUGCUGCGACGCCGGUUCCACGUACUUGGGUCGUCAUGUGCGCCAACAAAGUACGGGCGUUGCGAUGAAACACGACAACAACCAAGAACCGACAACCUCUGAGAAGACCAGGACCCACAGACGGCCCAUGCAGCGAUGUAGCCUCCAGCUAUAAGAGCCCAGCGUGGCCCCAGCCUCCAUGAGGUAAACGAGGAUGCACCAGGAUGUGAGGACCGAAGCAAGAAAAAUGCACAAAAAAAUAUCUGUUUCGACUCACCUGUAUGGAGGAGCACUUUGUAAACAACAGACCAUGUCAAACAACGAAAUUGAUACAACCAUCAAAAGGUUGGCUCAGGCCAUGAUGCCAGGUUGUAUGUUGAGUUUAAAUUAAAUACUUUGGAAAGAUUGGGCGGGCCGUAUUCAAACACUUGGCGGGCCGGAUGUGGCCCCCGGGCCGUAGUUUGCCCACCCCUGGUAUAGAUAAACGCCACAAAUUGGUAGGUACUCAUAAUAAUGCUAUCAUACUAGACGUUUUCUAUAUGGAAUCAAAUCAUCGGUGAUGUUUAGCGACAUCAAAACUAUGUAGGAGUAGAAGACGACCCUACGGAUACACCGUUACCUCACCAGUCACGUCUUCCGACCCCCCCACCGUCCGCGCUCCAUCUACCCCACUCCUGGUGCACCGCAGUGGCAUUAUUAAACUUGUAUAAGAUCAUUAGCAUACAAAGCAGGAGAACCUACAGCGUCGCAGUCAUACAUAUUUAUCUGGACGUGCCUGGCUCGCGCCUCGCACUGUAACCCCCCUCGCCUCACCAAAAAAAAAAAAAAAAAAAAAGCAGUGACGGCCUAUCUGUUGCCGGGGACAAUUCAGAGACGGUGAAGUGGGUAUUAGCAUGGAAGCAUGUCCGGUUAUAAAGGGUGGAUAUUUAUCGUCAGGAAGCACAGCAGUUGGGUGUCGGUGAGCAGUUUGUUUCCAGCAUAGCCAAUGUCAUUUAAUUCUAAUAAUAAAAUACAUAUUCAUCCCCUUGCGCUCACAUUGCAUCACAUUUUCAUACUACAACCUAAAAAGAUGGUUUCAUGACAAUAGAUUGUCCUUGAACUUAAAUAAAACUAAAAUCAUGCUGUUUGGUAACAGCAGAAAGGACACACACCAACAAAUACAAAUAGAUCGUGUAGACAUUGAAAGGGUGAAGGAAAAUACAUUUCUAGGGAUCACAAUAGAUGAAAAAAUAUGAGCUGGAAACCUCAUAUUACAAAUAUACAACAUAAGGUGGCCAGAAAUAUUUUAGUAUUGAACAAAUCAAAAUUUGUUCUAAAUCAGAAAUCACUCCACACUCUUUGUUGCUCCCUGGUUCUACCAUAUCUUACUUAUUGUGUGGAAAUAUGGGCUAAUAACUAUAAAAGCAAUCUUUGCUUGCUGAAUGUACUGCAAAAAAGGCCAGUAAGGAUAAUUCAUAAUGCCGCCUACAGAGAACAUACUAACUCCUUAUUUCUAAUAUCACAAAUACUUCAACUUGCUGAUAUAGUUCAUCUUCAAACAGCUAAAAUAAUACAUAAGGCUAAAAAUAACCAAUUAGCUAAAAAUGUCAUCCAAUACUUCUCUACAAGAGAGGAGAAAUAUGAUCUCAGGGAAGAACUACAUUUGAAACACUUCUAUGCUAGGACUACGUUAAAAAGCCAUAGCAUUUCAGUAUGUGGAAUCAAACUAUGGGAUGGAAUGAGUAAGGACCUCAAACAAUGCAAACAAAACUAUAUUAGGAAAGCAGGAAGUAAAAGUAAAAGUACCAGGUGGAGGGGUAGGACUUAAUAAGCUUUGCUUCUUCUUCCGGCAAAAUUAUUCAGUAAUUAUUAAUUAAUUAUUAAUUAAUUUUUUAAUGCUAGGUACGACCCCAGUAAUAAAACACAAUUUUUUCAUAUAUCAAAAAAUUAUAUUAAUAAUUAAUAAUAAAUAAAUAGUAAAUAUAUACUAAAUAAAUAAUAAUAUACAUGGUCAUAUCACCUCGUACUUCGGUACAUGACAAAAAAAAUUAAAAAAAAAUUUAAAAAAAUUAAUUAAAUAAAUAAAUACAUUAUAUUAGGAAAGCAGGAAGUGAACAAAUGUAACAGUUACUGAUUGUAAAAGUACCAGAUGGAGGGGUAGGACUUAAUAAGCUUUGCUUCUUCUUGCGGCAAAAUUAUUCAGUAAUUAAUUAAUUAAUUUUUUAAUGCUAGGUACGACGCUAGUAAUAAAACACAAUUUUUUCAUAUCAAUAAAUUAUAUUAAAAAUUUAUAAUAAAUAUUCAAAUUUAUAAAAAAAAUAUUUAAAUUUAUAAUAAAAAUUUAAAGUAAAUAUAUAAUAAUAUAUAUGGUCAUAUCACCUCGUACUUCGGUACGUGACAAAAAAUAAAAAAAACAACUUAAAAUUAAUAAAAUAAAUAAAUGCAUUAUAUGAGGAAAGAAGGAAGUGAACAAAUGUAACAGUUACUGAUUGUAAAAGUACCAGAUGGAGGGGUAGGAUUUAAUAAGCUUUGCUUCUUCCUACUCCUUUUGGACAUGUGGAAACUGUGAACUGAUUAUGGGAUGCAUUCAAUUGUAAUCUGAUGCAUGUUCAAAUGAAAUUAAACCAUUAGCAUUACCAUUACCUGUGGGUUAGCCGCGAAUGAUGCAAAAUCCUCUCUGCACAACCGUCAUUGUCUUCCUUCUCUCCAGGGAUCUCCUCCUCUCUUUUUCCUGCCGCCUGAUUGCACAAGCCCUCCCUCCUUCCUUCCCAGUGGCAUUUUUGUGUGAUAUUAUCAGACUGCAAAGGCACGACAAAGACAAGCCGACUAGCUAGCAAUAGAUUGUUUUUUUUUUUUUCCUGGUCAUUUGGUGCCAGGUCAAGUUCUUCGGGCUCAAUCCUCCCAGGCCCCACAGACCAAUUUCACUAUUAAAAUGAGCACCCGGCAUGCAGCAUAAAUCAGCUUCCUUCUUCUCCCCCGUUUUUGCCCUCAUUCUCCUCUUCUCCUUCCUGUGAGAUUGCUGUUGUGUCUUAUGGCUUUUUAUUCCUACGUGAUGGUAGAUGGGUUCAUGUAGGAGCAGAAGCCACUAAACACGCGGUGACCCCUCAACGCAACACCCCAAACACGGAGUUUAUGCAUCAUUCUGGUGUUCAAAGUGGAAAUUUGUUAUUACGAAACAAAAGUAGUUCUCACGUCCAAUAAAAACUUUCUUUUCAGUCCCUUACUCCCUUAAAAGCAGCCAUUACCGAGUUCCCUUCCCAAGCAAUUAAAAUUCAAAUGAUCCCAUUCUUGUUGAUUCAGCGUUGCCGCGAUGGGAUUAGGGUUUAAAUGUCAACCGUCUCACGGUGUCACCCACCAAACCGCCACCGGUGUCAAUGUGUUGUCGUAAGCCGGCAAAAUGGCGGCUUAUGAAUCCCCCUUGUAUGUUACAGCGAUUUAACACAUGCUUCCAGUUGUGUGACAUUAUUUUUUUUCGUGCACGGAUACGAGGUGUGAUUAUUAUUCAAGAAGACAUUUCAAUAGAUGUGCUGCGCUUGGGUUUAAUGAUUUAUUCAACACUUGCGUUGUUGUGAUCUAAUAUUCAGUGGGUGGGAUGGGAAGUUUCUUUCGCUUGCAUUAUCGGUUACAUUUAUUUUUCAGGUCCACUUUUUUUUUUUUUUUGAGGAGGUGUGAGAGAAUACCGGAGCAGAGGAAGCCGAAUGCGAGUACAUUCGAUUGUGGACCAGCGGGUGUCCAUGGGAAUCUAAAGGUGGGAAUGUUAGCGUUUCUUGGAAAGAACGUAUUUGAAAUAGCGCAUGAUUGAUUGGAGCUGUCCUCGGCUUUUGCCAGCGGGUGUGUGCGCCUUUUCUUCUUCGGCUUACGAUCCAACGGUGCUUUUGAGUUAAAAAUGUCAAAACACUCUGGAAAAAAUAAUACAUUUUGACAAGCGUGCGCUGCUUUUUUAAUCAGGCGUCUGAAGGCCACAUGACACAUAACCGUACCAUUGACGUGGCGAUGUGUUUGUGUACAGUGGUUUUCAUAUGCUACAGUAUCAAAAACCCCCCCUCCAACCCCUGCGGGUUCGGCUUUGAUUUGCCUGUAAUAAAUAAUGCCCUUUUGUGUUCUCGGCUUCAUUUGUUGCCGUUUGUAAUGUCAGCUGCUGUUUAAUAAAACAUCAACGAUGCCUAUUCAA